GACCGCAGGCGGGCAACGGCUGAUGACGUUGGAGCCCGCGCUCGGUUAAGGGAGGAUUUGGGGUCCUGUUGUGGGAAGUCGGGGUGCAGCCGGACGGAACUGGGAGGGACGGCAGGUAAAAAUUCAAGAUGCCUGGGCGUUCCAGUUCAAAUUCAGGUUCAACUGGUUUUAUAUCCUUCAGCGGUGUAGAAUCUGCCCUCUCUUCCUUAAAAAACUUCCAAAACUGCAUCAACACUGGAAUGGACACAGCUUCUAGUGUUGCUUUGGAUCUUGUGGAAACUCAGAGUCAAAUUUCAUUCCUUUGUAUGCACGUGGCUAUCCAGUUGUCCCAGCUCUGUUCUUUCCCCAAUGAAUGGUCUUGGUACCAAGUCGAAACUGAAGUGAGUAGUGAAUACAGUAUGGAUAAGGCGAUGGUUGAAUUUGCUAUGAUGGAUCGGGAACUAAAUCAUUAUGUAAAGGCUGUUCAGUCGACGAUAAAUCAUGUAAAAGAAGAACGUCCAGAGAAUAUACCAGAUCUAAAGUUAUUAGUGGAGAAGAAAUUUUUGGCUUUACAGAAUAAGAAUUCUGAUGCAGACUUUCAAAACAAUGAAAAAUUUGUGCAGUUUAAACAACAGCUGAGAGAACUGAAGAAGCAAUACGGUCUUCAAGCAGACAGAGAGGCUGAUGGACCAGAGGGGGUUGACGAAGAUAUGAUUGUGACCCAGAGUCAGACCAACUUCAUCUGCCCCAUCACGCAGUUGGAAAUGAAGAAGCCAGUGAAAAAUAAAGUGUGCGGCCACACCUACGAAGAGGAAGCCAUUGUUCGAAUGAUCGAGUCCAAGCACCGACGGAAGAAAAAGGCCUGUUGCCCUAAAAUUGGCUGUGGCCACGCGGAUGUGAGGAUGUGUGAUCUGGUCCAGGACGAAGCACUGAGAAGGGCGAUUGAGAGUCACAACAAGAAAAGACACCGUCACUCCGAGUAGGAAAAGCCACCUGCCCGCAGCCACGCCCGCAGCCUACCUCCUGCCCCAGCCAUCUGUAGAGAGCGCGCUGGUCACAGCGCUUCGACUGGCUGCAUCGCACACUUUGUUUGGGGUAAAACUUGAAGAUUUUAAAUGCAAUUGAAAUCAUUUUUCUAUGUUACAAUAAAAAGUCAAGGAAAUUAUAUUGUUUAUUUUUAAGCAUUUUAUAAUUUGAAUAAAACUUUGAUAA